AUGGUGAAGGCGGACAUAAAGAAGGAUUACUAUGCCGAUCUAGGCCUUGACCCGAAAGCUGAAGAUGAUGAGAUACGAAAAAAGUACAGGAAGUUAGGUCAAUCUAGGGGAACGCCAACACCUGCUGCGCAGCCGCGAAGACCUAGUGAACCAAAUGCCCAACACCACCCUCAAAGCUUUCCACACCCCGGCUCCUAUCCCGCACCUCCUUCUGCCGGAGCACAGAAAUACACAAGUUACGCGAAAGCAACUUCGCAAAAAUGGGACAAGAUCUACGAGGAUACGCGAACCAGGGCGGAUGCAUUCCGUGGAUUUAGGGGAAUGAAACCGAACGUCAACACAGGUGGAUGGUCAGGGUUCGAUCCAAGGACAGGCCGAUCCAACCAAUCAGGAUCAACUCCGCAACCCUCUCAACGCCCUCAAUCCGCAUAUGAGGCAUUUUUCAAUGCCCCAAAGGCAUCUCCGCAACGUGCACAAGCAAAGAAAAGACAAGGAUUUGCUCCCGGAACUCCAGGGGGAGAUGAGCCAAUGGCGCAGAAUACGUCAGCCUACGCCAGUUAUAAUAGGGACCGGACUUCUUAUUUUCAGUCUCAAUUUGAGUCCGCGCCUGCCCCGACGGCAAAGAAGUGGCCGCCUCAGGAAGAAUCGACAAAUAAUAAUAGUACCAUUCCAAAUCUCCAGAGAACUAGCAGUAAAUAUGCAACUGCUGGUGGGGAGAAAACAUAUGUAUCGAGUGCCGGAGUUGGGCGAUCUUCUAGUUCUAGGAAUUCGCCUUUUACUGAAUCUGAUUCUCGGCCCCGUACCAACCCACCAAGUCCAACCUCUCCCCGACCUAAUCGUGGAAGGCAUCACAGUGCCAGCCCGAAGUUGAAACCGAACCGCAACCGCAACCGGACCAUUUCGUCUUCUCCGUCACCAAGCGAUUCGGAGGAGGUUGAUAUAUCAUCCAGACCGAAACGGACUCCACGGAGUAGGAUGUUUGCGAAAACAGACCCUAUGACUAUGGAAACUGAUUCCGGACACCACCCAAACAACGUGGGAUUUAACCCUCAUGCCUCCCAUGGAUACGCUCCGGCUGCGAAAGACCAUCCACAGCAGGCCCCUACUACCGCAAAUAACCCACCGAAUCACGCGACUGGAAACCCUUCUGAAAAUUUAAGGAAGUCACAUAAGACUGAGAAUUCCAAUAAUAUGUAUGGCCCAUCUCCUAAGUCUUUCAUUCGCGAGUGGUCAGAAAGAUGGGGUUUCACUUCAUCGACCACCCCCUCUGAUACCCCUGACCAAUCAUUCCCACUUUGGGCUUAUCCGUCUAGCAUCCUACCCCAGCUUUCUAAACUUCCAAAUUGGAGAAAAGAAGAUCGGGACCAAAGUUUUGGGUUCCCAAUUACAGAUGAGAUAGCGCAUGACGGACCUCAACUUCAGAUGAACCCACUGGAUUCAACCCAGAAUAAGCAGACAAGGAUGAAAGCUGACCCAGUUUCAAUUCCCAGUUUUGGCCCGUUUGCAAGCAAUAACAUAACUCUCAACGGUAAACCCAAGAGCAGAAGUCAUGAAAGCAUCGACGUUACCUUCUCCGCCACCGAUUGGAGCGGCAAAUUUCAGCAUGCAACCGAAUUCUUCGCGCCGAAACCUUCAAGAGAGCCUCCCUUUCAACCCAAGCCGUCCCGCGCUCGCGGCAAGAGUAUAAGCAGGCCAAAUUCUACGACACAUCCUCGACCCUUCCCACCACCUGGGAGUACGAAUCAGAACCAAAGAGAUGAUUCCAAGAAGUCGUCCCAUUUUACGGAAUCUGGAUUCUCAGUCGACAAAUGGAAGGAGGAAGUUCUGAAAGCCGAUAUUUGGUCUAUUCCCCAUAAUGAACUACCUCACCAGAAUCCAACCCGACAGAAAAGUCCUCCAAAGCAACCGAAACCAGUCAUGAGGCGGAAGCAAACAAUACCCAAACCAGUCUCGGUCACGACAGAAUCAGAGGAGGCGGAAUCGACGCUAUCGCCUGGAAACACCGAUGAACCCAAAUCAGCUCCUGAAGGUGUUGAAGCAAUGGAUAUUGAUGAGGAGCUCCCGGCGAGCAAACCGCAACGACAACAUCCUGCAGCACCAAAUCCAAAAAUAGACUCAACAGUCAAACCUCCUAUUGCAGGCUCAACAAAACCCGCGCCAUCUCCUCCCCUAUCCAACAAUACCUUGAACCUAAAACAUCUCGCCAACGUUGCGCCAUUCACACCAACCAAUAGCACCGGCAUCAACGACCUCAAUGAUCUUAGCAGCACGCUCCCGUUCGAAUCUAGACCAAACGACAGCAGUGGUCCUCGACUAACUAUCCGUCCACAAGACCUCGCACUUCCAAAACCCCCAAGAGUUCCUCCGGUGCCUAAUUUCUCAGCUGCAGACCACCCCCACAAGGCUGAGGUACAGUUAAAGUGGGAACGUUACGUGACUGAAAUCAACGCAUACAUGCACGACUGGAACGUAUUCAACCGUACCAUGCUCGGUCACUUCAACGCAAGGCAGCAGACAGUCGAGACGGGGCUUGCGCCCAAUUGGGCCCGGGCAGUCGGUGACUCGGCACGGUUACGUAUUAACGACGGGGUUGAUUCAACAGUGAAAAAGGCCAACAAAACGACGGUGAAUAAUGAUGGCGCUGUACAAGAUGGCGAUGAUGACAACGACGCUGACGAUGAGCAGCUGGUUGCUGGGAGCGCUAAGGGGGGGUUUAAUGCCUACAUGCGAGGUGUCAAGGAGGAUUUUGUCGUAAGGCAACAUUGGGAGGUUGCGUGGGAACGCCACUUGGCAUGUUUGGAGACGCUGGAUGCGACACGAAGGUUCAUGAGGGGAGGAACCCGGCAGCGGCGCAUGUCAGCUGGAGGGGUUGUGGGAUAGUUCUGGCUCUCUAUACUUUUUGUCCCCUCGUUUGCUUUCGUGGAUAUACACUUUCUAUAAUGGGAAUUGGCACGCGUCGGGAUUUGGGAUAUGUACGAAAUCCGUACAUACCAUAGGGCAAUCUGGUACCGAUUUGUAUUGAAGGAAUAUACUCAUGGUUUACUUGGGGAGGGCUGGGAGAGGAGAUAACGUAUAACCGACGAUAUAGGGAGGAGAGUCAUUUACCAUCACGACGUUCAUAACAGGAUUGGACUGUACGAUUGGAAG